UUGACAAGUGUUACAUUGGGUCAAGUCCCAGAACGACGGUAGAGAGCUCUUUCUGUGGCCAGAUGUCCAGUAUCUCGUUAUUUGGGGACUGUCUUCCUAACACCACCAUCUCCGCUCUGUACAGACUUGGGGCUGACUACAAGCACGCGUUCCAAUACCGUAACGAGCACGAUGUGCCGAUACCCGCAGCCGACCAGAACAUCAUCUACAGUGGGAAACUGGCUAACUCCCUGAUCUUCAGUUAUAAUCCUAAAGCUUGUAACGGACAGCUUUGUUUUGAGGUUUCACAAAACCCUCUUUACGACUCCUUUGUGAACAGUUCCCACGCCAUACUGCUGGAAGGCGUAGAAACAGUUGCUACCCGGAAUGUUCAAAGCACCCUACAUUCCUUAGGAGGAAUCCAAGUCCUCCUCCCUCUCUUCCAUCAACUCACAUCUUGCGAAGACUCAAGCCAGGAGCUGUGCGCAACCCUGCUCUGGCUGUUCGUGGACUUGGUAAAGUCGAGCGCUACAUGUCAGUCUUACGUAACAACCCACCGCUCCCUCCUCGUUAUAUCACAUCUUCUCUUCAACACCACGGCCGAGUUCCUGAGUGAAGCUGCCCUCGAGGCUUUCCUUUCCCUUGGAAGAACUUUGGUAGAGAUAAAGCAGGGCCCCCUCUUAAACAGCCUUAUUAACGACAUCUUGUUGCGGACUGAGAUGUGGGUCAAGACUUCAGUACAAGUUCAGGUAAAACUAUACUCAACAAUAAGCACUGAGUUUGUGGGGGGAGCUGAGAGUUGUGAUGUUAGACAGAGUCUGAACGUGUCCCGGAUUAUUAACGUUCUCCGGGAGUAUUACUGGGUCACUCCUGAGGCUGGGGCUCUUUGUGUUGAAGAGAGGGGACAUCUGACUGCAGAAGAUGUAAAGAGUAUCAGAGCCUUCCUGGUUCUGUCAGCUAAACAGAGUCUAAUGAGGACACGCUCACCUGAAACGGAAGAUAUCUCCUGCAUUCUCAGCUACCUUGUCUCUAAUAAGAGUGACAUUCUUAGAGAUAUGCUCAUGCUGCUUCUAGCCUUGAUAUCAGAACACCAAACGCAGCUAUUCUCCUAA